GGUUCAUUCUCACUCUUUCGUUCGUGUCAUAUUUUCAAGCGAAAAUUAUAGUUUUUAGUUAAUUGUAGAAAUUACAAUUAUAGUAGCAUUUAACUAGGUAAUCAAUUAUUUAAGUUUAAAGUAUUACUCUUCUUAGCUAAUUAUAAGUUAUCAUGGCUGAUUUUCUGGAGUCAGAAGCUGAGGAAAGCGAGGUCGAUUCUGAAGACGAACAGCCAGCAGAGCGCAAGAAACCAAAACGCAAAGCAGCCGUGCAAAGUGACGAUGAGGAUGAAGACGAAGAAGAUGAUGAGGAAAGACUCCGUGAAGAACUUAAAGAUUUGAUAGAUGAUGCACCUAUAGAGGAGUCUGGUAGUGAUGGGGAAGAUUCAGAUGCUAGUGCUGGACCAAAGAAAAGAAAGAAAAGCGAUGAUGAGCUGGAUGAUCGACUGGAGGAUGAGGAUUAUGACCUCAUUGAAGAAAAUCUUGGUGUUAAAGUUGCUAGGAAUAAGUUCAAACGGUUGAGGCGGUUAGAAGAUGAUGACAGUGAUAAUGAAGGGAAUGAUGAUCCAGAGCUGGAGAGAGAGGUCAUCGCUGAGAAACUCUUUGUUGGAGGCUCUGAUGAGGAGGAUGAGAAUCGUUCAGAGUCGGCGGCUCCCCGCGGCGAGGCGGAGUAUGAUGAUGACAAUGAAGACCUAGAGUCAGACGCAGAUGACUUCAUCGUAGAUGAUGACGGCAGACCCAUAGCUGAGCGAAAGAAGAAACGAAAACCUAUAUUUACUGAUGCGUCCCUACAAGAAGGUCAAGACAUCUUUGGUGUGGACUUUGACUAUGAUGAGUUCGAGAAGUAUGGUGAGGAGGACUAUGAGGAUGAGGAUGAAGAAGACUUGGAUGAGUAUCUGGAAGACGAAGAAGAAGAAGGUGAAAAACGUAGAACAAAGAAAGGCAAAGCCAAAAGGCCAAGUAAGAAAUCUAUAUUUGAGAUUUAUGAGCCCAGCGAGUUGAAGAGAAGUCACUUCACUGAUUUGGAUAAUGAGAUACGAAAAACAGACGUCCCUGAGCGCAUGCAAACUCGCGAAGUUCCAAUCACGCCAGUAGAAGAAGGUAGCACAGAGUUAGAAGAUGAAGCGGAAUGGAUUUACAAGCAGGCGUUCCUGAAGCCGCCCGUGUCCAAGCCCGACCCGCAAGAGGCCAGGGAGAGGUCGCGCAGAGGUAACAGCACAAUAACGAAGAUUCGUCAAGCAUUGGACUUCAUGCGCAACCAGACUUUAGAAGUACCCUUCAUAGCGUUCUAUCGUAAGGAGUAUGUGCAGCCAGAACUCAGCAUCAAUGAUCUGUGGAAAGUGUAUAAAUAUGAUGCUAAAUGGUGUCAACUAAAACAACGCAAGGAGAACCUCCUGAAGUUAUUUGAGAACAUGAGAGAGUUCCAGUUGGACAAGGUCAUGGAGAACCCCGACGCUCCUAUCCCUGAAAAUAUGAGACUGAUCAAAGAUGAAGAUAUUGAAAGGUUGAAGAAUGUCCAGACUCCGGAAGAACUUCGCGACGUGCACACACACUUCCUCCUUUACUACUCUUCAGAUUUGCCAGAAAUGCAGAAGUUGCAGAAAACUAAGGAGAAGAAGAGAGAUUUGGAGGAGAGGAAACGCAUGGCACGUGAAGAGGCUGACAAAAACGGCGAGGACCCGGAAGAGGCGGCGGCCGCGGUGGAGGCCGCCGAGCCCGACGACGAGCCGGUCACCGACGUCAAGUAUGCCGUGCGGUCCGGGCCCUACGAGCUGUGCAGGAAGGCUGGCCUCGAACCACUGGUGAAGAAGUUUGGUCUAACACCGGAACAGUUCGCUGAGAAUGUGCGCGACAAUUACCAGCGGCAUGAGGUUGAACAACAGCCUAUACCGCCGCUAGAGGCCGCUGCUGAAUAUACGGGCGCGGUGGGUUCCGCGGCGGAGGUGGUCCGUCGCGCGGUGUACAUGUGCGGCGUGCAGCUGGCGCGCGAGCCGCUGCUGCGCGCCACGCUGCGGGACGCGCUCCGGGACCGCGCCACGCUCUGCGUGCGCCCCACGCCGCGCGGACUCAAGGAGAUCGACGAGAACCACGCCUGCUUCGGUUUAAAAUACUUAAAAAAGAAGCCAGUACGAGACCUGACAGGCGACCAGUUCCUAAAAUUGACGAUGGCACAAGAGGACAAGCUUCUAGAGAUCAGUAUCAGCGAACAAAUUGAAGGCAACACCAGCCCUAGUUACUUGGAGGAACUGAAACAACUCUAUCAAAAGGACGAGUUCGCGGCGACAGUAGAAGCAUGGAACGAAUUGCGCGCUGACGCUGUGACGAUCGCGCUCACCAAGAUAGUGAUGCCCGAGCUCAGGCGGGAGCUACAAGCUGUACUGCUGCAGGAAUCCAAGGAAUAUGUGCUCAAAUGUUGUCGACGGCGGCUCUAUGACUGGUUGAAGGUGGCGCCGUAUGAGUCCAGAGUGUCGGACGAUGAUGAUGAAGAGUGGGAUGCAUCUAAUGGCCUGCGCGUGCUAUCCAUAGCGUACGUGCCGGACCGCGCGCACAGCGCGUUCGCGUGCGUGGUGGCGGGCGGCGGCGAGGUGGCCGACCAUCUGCGACUGCCGCAUCUGCUGCACCGCCGCAACGCCUGGGACGCGCUCGAGCGGCAGAACAAGGACGCCGACAUGACCGCGCUGCGACGGUUUAUUUUACGCAAGAAGCCUCACGUGAUAGUGAUCGGUGGCGAGUCUCGUGAGGCGCUGAACGUGAAGGCCGACGUGUCGGACUGCGUGCAACAGCUGGUGGAGGACGAGCAGUUCCCAAGGAUACCGAUAGAGAUCGCUGACAACCAUAUCAGCAAGAUCUAUAGUAAUAGUAUACGUGGACGGAAUGAUUUUAGAGAAUAUCCUGAUAUCCUUCGUCAAGCGAUUUGCCAAGCACGGUUGUUGCAAGAUCCGUUAAUGGAAAUCUCGCAACUAUGCGGUCCAGACGAGGAAAUUAUGUGCCUAAGAUACCAUACCCUACAAGAUCAAAUAACUAAAGAAGAUUUAUUAGAAGGUAUAGAACUAGAAUUUGUUAAUCGUGUGAACGAAGUAGGUGUAGACGUCAAUGAAGCAGUUCUAACCGGUCGGGGGACUGAACUGCUACAGUUCGUCUGCGGCCUGGGACCUAGGAAAGCACAAGCCCUAAUAAAACUCUUCAAACAAACAAACCAGAAACUAGAAAACAGAACACAACUCGUGACUGUUUGUCAUAUGGGACCCAAAGUCUUCAUCAACUGUUCAGGUUUCAUAAAAAUAGAUACUAGUAGUCUCGGUGACAGUACUGAGGCGUACAUAGAAGUGCUCGACGGCUCCCGAGUGCAUCCGGAAACGUACGAGUGGGCACGAAAGAUGGCCGUCGACGCGCUGGAGUACGAGGACGAGGACGCCAACCCCGCCGGAGCACUCGAAGAAAUAUUAGAAGCCCCCGAAAGACUGAAAGACUUGGACUUAGAUGCGUUCGCCGAAGAAUUGGAGCGGCAAGGCUUCGGCAACAAAAGUAUCACUCUGUACGAUAUUAGAGAAGAAUUGAACUCUAGGUAUAAGGACCUUAGGGUUGCUUAUCGCUCGCCGACAGCUGAAGAAAUGUUCGAUGUUCUAACAAAAGAGACGCCAGAGACUUUCUACGUCGGCAAGAUGGUGUUGGCGUCAGUUAUUGGUAUUACUCAUAGGAAACCCCAAAGGGAAAUGUUGGACCAAGCUAACCCCGUAAGAAAUGAUGAGACUGGACUUUGGGAGUGCCCCUUCUGUCAUAAAAAUGACUUCCCUGAGUUAUCCGAGGUAUGGAACCACUUCGACGCCGGCGCGUGUCCUGGCCAGGCGACGGGCGUCCGAAUCCGUCUCGACAACGGCCUCUCAGGCUACAUCCACAUAAAGAAUCUUUCGGACAGACACGUAGCGGAUCCUACAGAACGCGUACGAAUCGGACAGACUGUACAUUGUAGGAUACUCAAGAUAGAUGUCGAGAGGUUCUCAGUAGACUGCUCGUCCAAAUCCUCAGAUUUGUUGGAUAAGAAUAAAGAGUGGAGACCUCCUAAAGAUCCAUAUUACGAUCAAGAAUCAGAAGACAAGGAUCUCCGUAAAGAGAAAGAGGCGAAACAGACGAAGGAACGAAUGCAGUAUGUGAAGCGAGUGAUCGUGCACCCCGCUUUCCAUAACAUAUCGUUCGCGGAGGCCGAGAAACUCAUGGAUAAGAUGGCGCAAGGGGAGGUCAUAGUCCGGCCUAGUAGCAAGGGUUCCGAUCACCUCACAGUGACGUGGAAAGUAGCAGACGGCAUUUAUCAACACAUCGACGUGCGGGAAGAGGGAAAAGAAAACGCAUUCUCGUUAGGUCGAAGUUUAUGGAUUCAAGGCUCCGAGUUUGAAGAUUUAGAUGAAAUUAUAGCUAGGUAUGUGACUCCAAUGGCGGGGCACGCGCGUGAUCUAAUCGCUUACAAGUAUUACAAGCCGCUCGGGGGCAUGCGAGACAAGGCUGAGGAGUUGCUGAAGGAGGAGAAAGCGCGCAACCCCAACAAGAUCCAUUACGUGAUCUCAGCCGCCAAGAACUACCCCGGGCGCUUCCUGCUGUCGUACCUGCCGCGAGCGCGCUGCACGCACGAGUACGUGUCCGUGACGCCGGACGGGUACAAGUACCGACAGCGCACGUUCGACUCCCUGCCCGGACUGCUGCGCUGGUUCAAGGAGCACUUCCGUGAGCCGCCGCCCGCCACAGCGGCCCGCACGCCUGCCCCGCGCACGCCACUGCCCACGUCCGCUUACCACACACCGGCUAACCACACGCCUGCCUUCCACACGCCCGCCCACACGCCUGGUCCAGCCUACAUCAACACGCCCUACACGCCCUCCGCGCAGACUCCCUACAUGACGCCCUUCGCCACGACCCCCCGCCAGCCCGACUUCCUGGCGCCCGCCCCGCGCCGCGCCCCCACCGCCGCGCCGCACCUGGCGCACGUGUCGCACGCGUCGCACGCCUCGCACGCGCAGCACGCUCCCCCCGGCUACACCGAGCCCGCCGACUGGCAGAAGGCCGCCGAGGACUGGAUCCGCCGCAACAACCGCGACCCCUCCGGCACGCCGCGAGACUCGCGCUCCCUGGCGACUCCGCGGGAGGGCCGCGACGGCCGGGACGGGCGAGAGGGACGAGACGGCCGGGAGAGUCGCGACGGGCGAGACGGCCGCGAGAGCCGAGACGGGCGCGACGGGCGGGACAGCCGUGACGGGCGUGACGGGCGCGACUCGCGCGCGUCCCGCACGCCGCGCACGCCGCACGCGCACUCGUCCGGGCGCUCGUCGCGCGCGCACUCGCUGCGCUCCACGCCGCACACCAACACGUCGCCGCGCUCCAUGUCGCUGGGCGACGCCACGCCGCUCUACGACGAGAACUAGAGCUGGCAGACUAUGACCCGCGGCUGACCCGCGAGGACUUGUACAGUAUUCGCUGAUGUUGUUCGUACGUUUCCGCACCUGUAUAAACUCCCUCGACCCGACCGCUCCCGACUAGGACCACGUUCACUAGAUAAGUGACAGCUCAGUUGUUCAGCAGACUCCGGUCCGCAUCCCGCGAGUCUCGACCACUGACUGUAUAGUUAGCUAGAAUCCGAUUAUAAUCAAUGAGAGUUUCGAAUGUACUCUUGUUAUCGCCAGCCUCCGUUGUACUUGAACAGCUAUGGCGCCUCGAUUAGCAUAGUAAAAUUAAUGAUAUUUAUACCUAAGCGGAUUGUGUCCAUGAUAUGAAAUUAUGACGAUUUUAAUUAAAAUAAUUUCAGAAUACGUAGCCAAUGAUAUAACUUUAUUAUACCAAGGAUGUUGGUACCUACAUGACAAUGAAGAACAUUACCUGUUAAGACUGCUUUCAUAUAAUCGUCAAAUUGCAUGUUUAUAUCUGUGCAAUGUAUUAAUUUGUUGCUUACGCUGUAUAUUGCAUCUUUUAUAAGUAAUAUUAUUGUUCUACGCAACUGUUUAUUUCUGAUUCCUUUGACGCUUGUCUGAAAGCAAAUAUGAACCUAAUAUAUGACAAAAUAUGACUCAAUGAUGGAGCAAUAAAUAAAUCUGUUUGAAGAAAUAUGUCAAAACGCAAACUCAGCAUCUGCCUUAGCUAUGGUUAGUGAGUAAUGGAACUUUUCAUAAUUUAUUCACGACAAUUCUCUUGAAACCAAUAAAAAUUAUGACAAUGA